UCCAUAGCGACGAACCAAGCGGCCGUGUUCCGAUCCUGCGGCCCCCUCCAUCCGGGUCUCCGCCGCUGCACCAGGCACAGAAUUUAGAAUUUGAAGAAAUGGCGUUUGCGCCGCCCAAGAACGCAGAGGGAGCCAAACUUCAAACGAAAAUGAGCAUGUGGACGCCACUGAACCACCAGCUCAUGAACGACAAGGUGUUUGAGGAACGAGGAGCUCUGCUUGGAAAGUGGUUUGACAAGUGGUCGGAUUCCCAGAGGCGCCGCGUCCUGUGCGACCUGUUUGAGCGAUGCUGCGUGUCCCAGCUCCGCUUCUGUAACAAUUACCUGCAAGGAAAAGCUCCCAGAGAUACCCUGGAUUUCACUACGAUGCUCCCCAGGGUGCUGAGUCUGUACAUUCUCUCCUACCUGGACCCCCGCAGCCUCUGCCGCUGCGCACAGGUGAGCUGGCACUGGAAGACCCUGGCAGAACUAGACCAGCUGUGGAUGCCCAAGUGCCUGCGCUUUGGUUGGUACAUCAACUUUUCACCGACUCCAUUUGAGCAAAGCAUAUGGAAGAGACAGUACAUAGAGAUGGUAAAUGAGCUGCACAUCACAAGACCCAAGACUCCUCCUCGGGACGAUUUUGUGGUUAUCGACGUCCACCCAAUCGGUAAAGAAGUUUCAGACACAAAGCUGUCGUCUUCCUAUACUCAGCGGUCCGCGUCCGGCAGGUCACAUGACAAGGGGAGUAGAGACCUCCCACCAUGGCGCUCCUCCGACAAACACCCCACCGAUACUAUACGAUUCAACUACCUAGACAACUUCCAUCCCAUCGAGCAAGCCCAACAGGCGAGAAAGGCCAGUCCUGGGACAUCCAUCCUCAACAGGCAGAACACAGAGAAAACGAAGAGGCCAUCAUCCGCUUCCUACAAGCUACGCAAGGCGAAGUCACUGAUCUCGCUUUCAGCUGAAUUUGGAAAGCGUCAAACCAGGCCGAACUGGGCCACGCAGCAGCCCGGAGAAUACCCGGUGACUAAGACAACAGCAAAGGGCCUGGCGCAGAGCACAGUGUGGAACGCUGGGAUACGGCCGGCACCCGUCCGAGCAGGUGUUCCCAAACUGUCUGAGAAGGGAAGGAAAGCCUGUAUCCGGACCUCCAGGAGUUCCCCAACUAUCGCUCUGUUUGAGAGUCAGCCUUGGCAGAUCCCUCCGUCAAACCAUGGAUCAGACGAUGAAUAGGAGGCCUGGAUGUCAUUGUGUGACAUCGCAUACCCUGUUUUUAGAUAGAGGAGUCGGGUCAGUGGACCAAGGUGCCAACGCGGUAAAUCAUUUCUAAGACCUGGUUCCUUCCCCUGUCCACAAAACAUGGCCUCAUCCUGCUUAUUCCCAGAGCCUUAACUCCAAUUUACAUUCCACUGUUCUGCUCCCACAGGUUUUGUCUAUCAUCGGCCAUCCUGGUGACAUCACAUAUCCUUAGGUCCAAUCUACAGUAUAUCCCAUUGUUCUGUUUCCCAGGUAUUGUCUAUCACUGGCCAUCCUGGUGACAUCACAGAUCCUUAGGUCCAAUCUGCAGUAUAUCCCAUUGUUCUGCUCGCCCAGGUACUAUUACCGGCCAUCCUGGUGACAUCACAGAGCCUUAGGUCCAAUCUAUAGUAUAUCCCAUUCUUCUGCUCGCCCAGGUACUAUCAUCGGCCAUCCUGGUGACAUAACAGAGCCUUAGGUCCAAUUAACAGUAUAUCCCAUUGUUCUGCUCACCCAGGUGUUGUCUAUCACCGGCCAUCCUGGUGACAUCACAGAGCCUUAGGUCCAAUCUACAGUAUAUCCCAUUGUUCUGCUCGCCCAGGUGCUAUUUUUGUUUCCCCCAGCACCCUGAAUGAUAACAGUAACCAGAUUUAAAUCCCACACAAUAUUAGAAUUCAGAGAUCUCGGUUACAUAUAUUUGCGCAAAUGUAUGAAUAAGCCCCAAAGCCGCAUCAAGGCGUCUCUGUAUAUUUGGGGUCCCUAGCGCUAUAUCUAGGUGCAUGGUGUGGCACCCCAAAGCACCAGCAUAAGCCAGAAAGCCCAGGGCAGCAUACCAGUGAAAAAACUAUAAUGUUAAUAAAUUAGUGUGAGGAAGCCGAAGCUAUAAAGAAAGUGAUACAAAAAUGAGAUGUAAUUAAAAUGGAGAAACAGUGUUAAAGACAUUAGUAUGUGAAAAGUGUUAAUAGAAUGUAAAGGUAUGCCACACUAAAGCCAUCCAGCUCAGGCAGUCCAGAGGCACCACACCCCUCCCUUUCAAGCACCUGAAUGAUAUCACUAAGCUAAUUGAGCAUGUGCUACUAUAUAUGACUAUCACCGGCCAUCCUGGUGACAUCACAGAGCCUUAGGUCCAAUCUACAGUAUAUCCCAUUGUUCUGCUCCCCGAGGUGUUGUCUAUCACUGGCCAUCCUGGUGACAUCACAGAGCCUUAGGUCCGAUCUGCAGUAUAUCCCAUUGUUCUGCUCCCCCAGGUGUUGUCUAUCACUUGCCAUCCUGGUGACAUCACAGAGCCUUAGGUCCGAUCUGCAGUAUAUCCCAUUGUUCUGCUCCCCGAGGUGUUGUCUAUCACCGGCCAUCCUGGUGACAUCACAGAGCCUUAGGUCCAAUCUAAAGUAUAUCCCAUUGUUCUGCUCGCCCAGGUGUUGUCUAUCACUUGCCAUCCUGGUGACAUCACAGAGCCUUAGGUCCGAUCUGCAGUAUAUCCCAUUGUUCUGCUCCCCGAGGUGUUGUCUAUCACCGGCCAUCCUGGUGACAUCACAGAGCCUUAGGUCCAAUCUACAGUAUAUCCCAUUGUUCUGCUCGCCCAGGUGUUGUCUAUCACUGGCCAUCCUGGUGACAUCACAGAGCCUUAGGUCCAAUCUACAGUAUAUCCCAUUGUUCUGCUCGCCCAGGUGUUGUCUAUCACUUGCCAUCCUGGUGACAUCACAGAGCCUUAGGUCCGAUCUGCAGUAUAUCCCAUUGUUCUGCUCCCCGAGGUGUUGUCUAUCACCGGCCAUCCUGGUGACAUCACAGAGCCUUAGGUCCAAUCUACAGUAUAUCCCAUUGUUCUGCUCGCCCAGGUGUUGUCUAUCACUGGCCAUCCUGGUGACAUCACAGAGCCUUAGGUCCAAUCUACAGUAUAUCCCAUUAUUCUGCUCGCCCAGGUGUUGUCUAUCACUGGCCAUCCUGGUGACAUCACAGAUCCUUAGGUCCAAUCUGCAGUAUAUCCCAUUGUUCUGCUCGCCCAGGUACUAUCAUCGGCCAUCCUGGUGACAUCACAGAGACUUAGGUCCAAUUUACAGUAUAUCCCAUUCUUCUGCUCCCCCAGGUAUUGUCUAUCACUGGCCAUCCUGGUGACAUCACAGAUCCUUAGGUCCAAUCUGCAGUAUAUCCCAUUCUUCUGCUCGCCCAGGUGUUGUCUAUCACCAGCCAUCCUGGUGAUAUCAUAGAGCCUUAGGUCCAAUCUACAGUAUAUCCCAUUGUUCUACUCCCCCAGGUGUUGUCUAUCACUGGCCAUCCUGGUGACAUCACAGAGCCUUAGGUCCAAUCUACAGUAUAUCCCAUUCUUCUGCUCGCCCCAGGUGUUGUCUACAUUCUGACAAUGCUUUAUUCUUCAGUAAUGAGAAUAUGAUAGUAUUCCAGUUUCAAACCAGUUUCAUAAAAAUAUACUGAUGACCCCCCUGCAAAACAGCCAGCCAAUCAUUCAUUCAUUCUGUUUUUUUUCUGGUACACGUUGGAUGUCAUUCGUUAUACAUCACUGGUAAUUAAUGUUAUGACAGGUUGCCAGGCUGUAUAGUGAUCCCAGGGCGUUUGCACCAUUUCCAAGUGUGAUGGAUCUGGUGUAAGAUAGCUCAGAUAACAGCCCUAACACACUAAUAAUGUAACUAAAUCUCCACUUACAUUGCCCGGUGACCCGUCCUCGGCCGGUCACCUUGGGGCCCUUGUCUUGUACGAUUACGCUUAAUGGAUUAGUUGAACUUUCCCCUCAUGUCAGAAAACUGGACAGAAAACUUUUCAUCCUCCUCCUUCGUCAUUGAGACCGAAAAAACAUUAAUUAAACUCAACGUUGUACUUUA